GCUCGGACAGUACAUCGGCGGCGGGGCAUUCGGCUCCGUCUACGUGGGCAUCAACCUGGAUACCAGCGAGCUAAUGGCGGUCAAGGAGAUCCGGUUCCCGGCACAGCCGACCAAGCUAUCAGGCGAGGGCAGCAAGAUUGUGCGGGAAAUGCAAGUUAUGUCGAUGCUGCAGCACCCAAACAUUGUCACCUACUACGGUAUUGAGGUGCACCGGGAAAAGGUCUAUUUGUUCAUGGAGCUGUGUACCCGCGGCAGCCUGGCCAAGCUGAUCCAAGAGCAAGGGCGGGUUGACGAGGUCACCGCGAGGCUCUUUGUUGUGCAGAUGCUGCGCGGUUUGCGCUACCUCCACGCGUCGGGCAUCUGCCACCGUGACAUCAAAUGCGACAACACUCUCCUGGAUGACUCGAUGACCAUCAAGUUGGUGGACUUUGGAGCCGCCAAGGUGCUCAACCGCCAGUCGUUGGCCAUGCGCACGCGGCGUGGCCGUGACGGUGCUACAUUGACCGGCACGCCAAUGUACAUGGCGCCGGAGGUCAUCACCGGUCCGGCCGCCGAACGCCCGGAGCCCGGCGCCCUAGGUGCUCAGGACAUUUGGUCAUUGGGCUGCUGUAUAGUCGAAAUGCUGACGGGCUCUGCACCCUGGGCCCACCUCGACAACGAAUGGGCCAUAAUGUACCAUGUGGUGGCCGAUAGUCCACCGUUACCUGACGCCAGCCUUGUGGGCAGCGAUGGCUUGGAUUUCCUGCAAAAGUGCUUCACCCGGGCACCCAGCAAGCGGCCAACCGCCGAGGAGCUGCUGAAACACAAGUGGGUGUGGCGAGGCGCUGGUGCAGCUGGAGCAAGCUGA